AAGCUGAGACGUGAUCAUGGGCGGAUGGUGACGCCCGCUGCUCCGCGAUAGUAGUGUGUUACCGCGUGUGACAAAGCAUGGUCUGGACGCCACCGCGCCGUCAGUGGAAGCCUUCGGGGGCAUCAUCGCUGACAAUGUCGUGUACGACGUGAGCGGGUCGCCCUAUGUGAUAACGCAGGAUAUCACCAUAGAGAGAGGGGGAGUCCUCACCAUCGAACCCGGAGUCUCUGUCACGUUCGAUCCGGGUGUUGGCAUGACUGUCAAGGGGAUCCUACGAGCUGAGGGCACCCCGGCGAAUAGGAUUAAGCUGACCAGCAGCCAGCCUCCAGCCGCGCCUCUCAGGGACACGAGCCUCAGGCUGGUCGACGGCCCCACGCCUCUGCAGGGGAGGCUUCAGAUGUACUACAAGGACAAGUGGCGCUCGAUUUGCUCCAAUUCAAGAAACUGGACGGCAGAGGACAGGGCCGUGGCGUGCCGGCAGAUGGGCUACACGGGCGGCAAGUACUGGGAGUGGCACGAUAGGGCCAACAACGACACGGCGACGAUCCUUUACGAGGCACCGCUCUGCUCGGGCAUUGAGGACGACAUCACCAAGUGCGCGUGGAACACUCACUCCAUGGGGGGAGGCGUGUGCGACAUGCACCCUGACAUCGGGUUGGACUGCGACGGCUUCCACGCCCUCUGGAAGGGGACGAACUACUGGCGGGGAAUCAUGUUCCAAGAUGCUGAGUACGAAGAGCUGCUCUUCCAGGAGAACACACUAUACCAGAAAGUCUCGAAGUCUAUUCUGAGUUACGUGGACCUGGAGUACGCGGGGAUGGGUCCGCAGCGAGAGGCCGAGUCCGCCAUCAUGAGCCGGAAGGUCCCGCCUCGCAUCAGUCACGUGACCAUCUCCAACAACGCUUUCAGUGGCAUCAACGUCACCCUGCCUGGCACCUUCUUCCACUUGCAGGAGUCAACCAUCUCGGGAAAUAAUGGCUACGGCGUGUACAUCAACUCCUCGACGGGCUCGGUGCUGGUGAACGACAACACGCAGGUGUCCGACAACCGCGGCGACGGCAUCAAGUACAACUUCCACCGGCGGGAGCCCGACCGCUCGGCCUCCGAAACCUUCCAGGACUUCUGCUCGGGGGCGUCCAACCCCAACCAGGCCUACCCGAUCGUCACCGUCUACAACCAGGACAGGUUCUCCCUCAACGACCUCACGUGCAGCAGGAAAUUUUACAUCUCCAAAGCAGACUUCGUCUUCUCAGUCCACUUCACGUAUAUGCAGACGGACGAGGACGCGGCCGGCACCGUAGAAGUCAGGGACCGUGACGAAUGGGGCGACCUGCUCACCAAGUUCGAGAUCAGGAACGCCACGUACCCGCCGUCCGUCGUGUCCCGCGGAAACAGGCUCUACAUCAAAGUGUCCGCCAAGAGGAUGAGGCAGAGCGUCGUCUUCAUGGAGGUUGUUGCUAGUAAAUAUAAAAUGUUCGACUUGAGCAUCCAGAACUCGUUCGUGGCCAACAACAGCGGCCAUGGCGUCGCCGUGGAGAACAUGCGCAGCCUCGUGCACGUGCACCACUCGAACCUGACCCGCAACUUCUUCGGCUCCGGCCUCAACGUUCGUGGCGGCGCCGGCGACGUCAACGUGACGUACUCGACCGUGGACCAGAACGUGGGCGACGGCGUCAACAUCACGUACGAGGGCGGCCUGCAGAACGUGUCGUGGAGCCGCAUCGCCAACAACGACCUGCGCGGCGUUGCCGUCUGGUUCAACGAGAGUGGCCUGGACACGCAGAUCCGCCAGGAGACGGCUGUGGCUUAUUCGGCCAUCGAGGGCAACGUCGACGUGGGCGUCCGAGUCGGGAACUUCUGCAGGGAGGCCUUCGUCAACAUCAGCGGGAAUCACUUCUCGGAGGGACAGGCGGCGGCGCUCGAGGUCGAGUCCUGCUGGCUGAAGGACGGGGAGCUCCGCACCGUCCAGAUCGGCCAGAACCUCUUCAACAGGAACCACCGCCUGGCCAUCAAGAUCUCCCCGGCCGUCAACAUGAACCUCACGAUCGAGUACAACGAAAUGAAUGAAAACGACCGCGGAACUCUUAUGGUCUACAAUGAGGAUAAGGUGGAGCUGCUGCUGCUGCCCUUCACGGGCCUGAUCAGGAGGAACAACAUCAAAUACAACACGGGCUGGUUUGUGCUGCGACUGGGCCUCACGCUGCGGGGCCUCGACCAGAGCCUCAUCGUCCAGAGGAACGCCAUCAAAGACAACGUUGUUCAGGAACUAUACAGCAACAUUCAGUCCCGCAGCCGCUCGGCCGGCGUGGUGUGCGUGGGCUCGUCGAACGUCGUCCUGUACCGCAACCUAAUCGACAACCCUGGCUCGCGCUACGAGAUCAGUUCGCACGCCCGGGACCAGAGCACGCCCAUCAACGCCACCUUCAACUGGCUGGGCAGCAAGCGGGAGACGGACAUCUUCGAGCGCAUCCUGGACCGGCGCGACCGCUACAACCUGGCCCUCGUGCUGUUUCACCCGUUCCUCCUCAGCAGCACCAACGUGGACACGCCCGUCACGGAGCCGGGCCAGGUGAGCGAGCCGGAGUUCUUCGACCCGUCGGACAGCCGUGUCAUCGGCGGCGAAGUCAACGGCGAAAUCACGCUACACGACGGCGUCUACACCGUUACGCGCGACAUCUACGUCCACGACACGGGCACGCUCACCAUCGCCUUCGGGUCGACUCUGGAGUUCGCGGAGGGCAUGGGCAUGAUGGUCGCCGGCCUCCUGAGGACGGAGGGAUCCGGCGCAGAGGCCGUUCGCUUUACGCUCAAGGGCACGACAGCGAAGGAGCAUGAGGCAGCAAGGGCACUCCUGAUGAAGGAGGACGAGCUGCUGGCGCUGAACACAACGGAUGCUCUGAACAUGACCGCGGACGCCAUGGCAGCCAACUUUACGGAGGGGCCGGCCGUCCCCGUCAAGCUGGUUGGCGGAAGAGACGAAAUGGAGGGCCGCCUGAUGGUGUACAUCGGCACGGAGUGGGGCACGGUGUGCAACCACGGCUGGAAGGAGGAGAUGGCGGCCGUGGCGUGCCAGCAGAUGGGGUACGUCUUGAACCCCGAGGACUGGUUCAUCGAGUACGGUUCCAUGCCGCCAGAGGGACAGGAUGCUAGGAUUCUGCUCAGCAACGUGCAGUGCGACGAGUUCGACACCGACCUGACGCAGUGCAAGAGCGACAAUUUCUGGGAGCUGGAGAAUUCGUGCUCGCAUGCAGAGGACGUGGGCAUCCGCUGCUACCCGGCUACUUGGUCGGGCAUCCGGCUGGGCAUGACUGCGCACGAGAGCCACAUGAAGGGCGUGGUCAUUGAGAAGGCCGGGCUGUUGGACUACACGACGCGCUCCUUCAAGCCGGCCCUGCAAAUCGACUUCCACCACCACGUCAUCCAAGAGAUCGAGGUCCGCGACAACUCCCAGGACGGAAUCGGCGUCAUCUACAGCAACCAGUACGCUAUCGCCAACCCGGAGGCGCGAGUGUUCAAAGGGUGUACUUUCGCGAGGAACAAACGGCAUGGCAUCAGCAUGAGGCAGCUGGGGGUCAACAUCACAGGAUCUUUCUUAAAAGACAAUUCAGGUUCGGGCCUUCAUUUCAACCCAUUCCUGACCCGAAUCGAACAGCGAGAGUUGACCGGAUGGAUGAAACUGAAGGAGGAGAAUUACAUUAAAAUCCCAGAUAAUCCAUCGCCGAUUGUCCUGACGAGCAACAGCCCGAAGGUGCUGAUCACGCAGGAGAUGAGGGGGAGGCAGGCGUCGGUCACCCUCCACGUGUCUACGCAACAUUCCAAUGUGAUCGGAAUUCAAGUACUCAAUCCUAUUGUACCCGAAAGCACCGAACAAAUUGUGAUUUAUGACUAUCAGGAAAUCAUUGAAAGUGAGGAUAUUUCCCGGUGGGACGUCCGCGGGGACCUGGUGGCCUUCCCGACGACCUCGGGCAGUUACGCAAUCACCCUCCAGUACGCCUCGGGCCCCUUCGCGCUCGGGGACGUCAUCAUCAUGCUCACCGCCGUCGACCGCAAAGACAUCGCCCAAGCUGGAGAUCUUCGCAACUUCCGGUCUAAAUGGCCGAUGGUGUACAUUGAAGAUUCGCAGAUACGUAAUAAUGACAUCGGAAUAUCGACAUUGCAUUAUAACAGGUAUCUUACCGACGACGAGGACCACCUGCUUCGAUCCGCCAACGAGAGCAUUUUGGUCAUGAAUUCGCAAAUCGUCGACAACAAGAACCAAGCCGUCUACGCCCUGUCCCCGUUCAGAGCGAGGAUGGACAAUGACGACAUCGGCGAAAUCACUUUCAUGUUUAACAGCACCACGAUAUCCGGGAACGGAAGGGGUAUCGAUCAGUACAGCUGGGAUGUUCGCGAAUCCAACAACCUCUUCAACUGGAUUCUUGAGGACGUCGUCAUGCAGAACAACGGCGGCGGCGGGGUCAAUCUCGUGCUGCCCUACGUGUGGCAGUACAGCGAAAACUUUACCCAUACCGUUUACGUCAACGCAUCGACGUUCGUGAACAACGCUCAGUUUGGGUUCCAGGUGGAUGGCCACUUCGCUCGCGUUAACGUGACUUACUCGAAGUUUGAACAGAAUACCUGCUAUAGAGGAGUUUUGUCCCUGAAGGGCAUGGAGAAGGAGCUGUUCAUUCACGACAAUGAAAUUGUGUCCAACGUCGCCUCUUACGUGGUGGAGUUUGACACGGACAGCCAGAGCGGUAUUCUUGGCGUUGUCAAUGCCUACUUUGAGUACAACAGAGUACAAGGGAACAGGCACAUGACCCAGCUGAGGAGCAGUGCAUCCCGCGCAUACCAGCCGGCAAGUUACACUAUAGCUGUUCGAGGACUUCAGAAAAUCAACAUCACGCACAAUCAAUUCGGCUCCAACGAGAUGGACUACGAGCUGCUGGCAGGGCUGUAUACGAGCAGAAUCGACAACUACCUCAACGUGGAGGCCAACUGGUGGGGUUCGCGAGACCCGGACGUGAUUCGCGAGAGGAUCUUCGACUUCGACGACUGGAACAAUUUCGCCCUGGCCGACUACCUGCCGUACCUCAUCGAAGACAGCCUCUCGGCGCCUGUGUCGUCUGUGGGGGGAGCGGGAACCGACAGGAACGUGAUGGACUUGAAUUCUCUGGGGGGACGCCUUAUGCAGGACCUGAGGUUACCAAGACGCUCGGAGCCGUACGUCGUGAAAUCCGAUCUAACCGUGAUGCCCGGAGUGACCCUGGUGAUCGAGCCCGGGGCGACGCUCGAGUUCUUCCCGAGCGUUGGCAUUCUUGUUCUGGGCCGCCUGGAAGCCAUCGGGAGGCGGGACGACCGCAUCAUCAUGAGGCCCAUUGACACGUCCACCGCCACGCAUUACCGCGUCGGUCGGCAGACGAGAUCGUCUUUGGAGGCUGUAAGGCUAUGCGUGGAAGGGCAGUGUGAAGGAAGACGAGAUGGAUUCCUCGACAUAUUUAACGGAACCACUAAACAGUGGGUUCCUAUCUGCGACGAUCGUUUCACCGAGCGAAAUGCCGAAGUCGUGUGUCAUCAGCUGGGAUAUAAUAAAGUCAACAUUUUCUAUAGUCGCAACAAACGGACGGAAAUGUUCCCCAGUGCUCUUAUCCGCAUCAGGUCAUGGCCUGACCCAAUCCAGUGUGAUGGCUCUGAGUCGAGGCUGGACGAGUGUCCGCUCCGGAUGAAUGGCCAGAUAUACGAUCACAGCUACGAGUGUGCCUGGAAUGGGGACUUCGUCUAUAUUUCGUGCGGGGAACAUAAUCUGGAGAAUGACCUUCAGGAAUAUUGGGGCGGUAUCAGAUUCUCAGUGCCGAAUUUCGAGCACAUGGACGUGUACCACAGAAUGCACCACCAGCAUGACCCAGGCAACAUCCACACUCAUCCCUACAUCCACGGCAAGUCAGAAGUCACCAUAAACCCCUCUGUCAUGGAGUGGGUGGACAUCAUCGGCGCAGGAAUCCUGCACAAUGACAAGUCGCCAGCCGUCAUGUCCUUCCACGAUACGCCUUCUCUGCGCGGCGUCACGGUCAGGAAUUCUGCUUAUGAUGGCGUCUCCAUUGUCUCGGCAACGAAAGGAUUUGAAAUGCUUUAUAACAAAUUCGUAAAUAACCUGGGCGUGGGCAUCUCGCUCCUGGGCCUGACGGGGGAGACCCGCGAGACCGAAGAAUCCUCCUUCUUCCCCGUGGCCAAAGUGCGCCUCCCUUACCACAUGUUCGGGAUGGUGGACAUGUGCGACUCCACCAAGGAACUCAUGAUCGAAGAGCGAAUCCUGCUGUAUUACAAGUAUGAUAACAGGCCCGUGGACUGCGUGAAGAUAUUCUCGUCCGUGUUCAACGUGAAGAAUUUCGGUUUCAGGCUCCUACAGUACAAUUCCUACAACUCUACCAUGGAUCCUAUGAUGCCGGAUCGCAUUGUCCUCUAUGAUGGCGAUAUCUACAACUACACGACCGAUGUCUUCGCCGAAAUCCACAUGAACAGCAACAACCUGAUGAAGUUCUUUAAAACGGAGGGAACGAGCAUCUCAGUCGAACUUCAUGCCACGGGAGCCUCAGGGGAUCUGGGUUUCGUGGCUGAAGUGGUGACGCUUCCCAUCUCUAAUCUGGGAAUCAACCGUAACAUCCUCCACAACAUGACAUACAACGAAUACUACAACAAUGACGAAGGCGCUAUCUUCGCGGCCACAGCUGGUGAAGUGAAUCCUUGGCUGUGUUUCUCUUACAGCCGUAUAGAGAAUAAUGGUAAGCAAUUGUAUGGAAACUUCACCACCACGAGAGCAGCUAUUCACCUCGACCUACAGAACAUGCAAGAUGUCUACAUCAAGAAUAACUUAAUACGGAACAACACGGGAGGUGCGUACAUCUUAGCAGGAUCCAUGGGAGCAGCAACAAAACUGCAAGCAAACAUCACCAACAACCUGUUCGAGGCCACACAGCAUUGGCCGGCCCUCUACGUCGCCUCCCGGGAGAACUCUGCGUACCAGCACGCCCUCAUUGCCUAUAAUGACUUCAGUUGGUCCGACAGUCCUUACCACGAUGUCAUUACUUUGGCUCAGGUUGUCUCCAUCUUCACCCACAAUUACGUUCACAGCAACCUUGGAAGACACAUCUUGGACAUUUAUGGAUUCCAGAAGGUUCGCCUGCCGGUCUACCAAACCACCUCGCAUAACAGUUUGGCCAAGAACAUGGCUGUUGACCCAACUUACCAGGGCACUGUUAUAGCUGGAAGUGCAGGCCAGCAGUUUGUUGAGAACGUUUUCUAUAAUUUGGACAAUGCAUAUGAGGUUGUUGCCGUAAAUGAAUCAGUACGCUGCAACUCCUCUACAGAAUGUUCAGAAAUGGACGUCUACAUGGAAUCGGGUCAGGAGAGAUCUGAUGUGUGGAAGACACCGAUUGAUGCCCGCAGCAACUGGUGGGGUUUCAACACUUCUGUGGCUGUGUCUGGCCGUAUCCAUGAUAAACUGGAUGAUGAAACAUUGCUGAGUGUUGAUUAUAGCCAGUGGAAGUUGAACAACUACACACUGCUUCAAGGAUGUGAGCCAGGUUAUUCCUUAGUGGGUGAUGCGUGUUAUUUGUAUGUGGGGGCUCCAGUUACCUAUGAAGAAGCUAAAGCAUUCUGCAAAAAGGAUAAUGCAUCCUUGCCUUUCCUACAAAAGUGGUAUUGGGAAGUACAGUACUGGAUCCUCUCUCAGCAACCUGAGUAUCUUUGGGAAUAUGACAUGGUUUGGGUUCAGCAUCUUGAUGUUGUCAGUGGAUGUGCAGCUUUUGUCUACAGACAAGUUCGUUCAGUUGACUGUAGUCUAAAUCUUCCCUUUAUCUGUGAAUCUGAUCCUGAUGAAACAAUUGACAAGUUUGCUUGGGCAUCAGAUACUUUGGCACUGGCGGCCAUUGCUGCUACAGCUGGUUGCCUUAUUCUGGUUGCAGCCUGUGUAUCAUGCUGGGUUUGCAAGUCCCGCCAGCGACGCAAGGAACGGAUAAUCCGCAGAAAUUCUAUCCGUGCUUCCAUCCGCUCCAAUAGGUCUGCCAUGUCAACAACCAGUGGAGGAUUCAGUGACACUGGAAGAAGAAGAAUAAUCCAGGACACUCAAAGAGCAAUUCCCAUGAAGGGUACAAGUUCAGAUGUUGGCGCUGCAAGAGUCAACGGCAUUCAUGGGUCCUUUGAUUCCAUCACCAAGUCCAAUUUCAACUCCUCAGUUGAUGAGGAUCCAAGCUUUGUAGUUUAUGAAGAAGGAUCGCAUUCACCCCCAAGAUACACCUCCGAAUUAGACAAUAGAUUUGCCAGGGAUCCAAACUUGGAGAAUGCCAAUGUUAAUGCCAUGGUUCACCCGAGCUUUAAUAUGACCUUCCAAAACCAGGGAUUCAGAGACAACUCCACUUUUGCUUCCCGAGAGAAUAGCACCUUUAUCUCUCAGGCUCCUUCUGAACAGUGGAAUGGAUCAAAUAAUAACAUUGCUCCUUCAAGUUAUGGCCACCCUACUUUUUCCACUUAUGGCCAUGCCCCACGCCUGCCUUCCAACAAUCAGCCAAAUUUGUUGCAGCCUCAACCUAUGAGGCAGAGGCCACAUCUGCCCCCUCCUACAUGGGGGGUUACGCAUGCUCAAAGCCAUCCAUACAGGCCCAGUAACUACAAUAUAAAUGCUGGUGUUCGACCCAAGUCUGUGCACGGCACAACCUCUAGUUUCAAAAAUGAAUCACUCCAUGGCUCAAACCAGCAGUUGGGUCCCAGCAGCAAUGCCACAGACUCAACACUUGAGAUGAAGAAAGAGAUGGACCUAGCCAGAGACACACAAGACCCACAUUUGGCUGCAACCUUACCAAGGGAUCAAGCACCACCAUUCCACUAUGUUUCAGCAGAUGUUCUAUCAGGAAGAAACUCAAAUGCAGCAUCUGUAGACUCACAAGACUUUUUCUCUCAAGGUCGGUCACAAAGUCAGCCUCUGGAGACAGCGAUGUAAGAUAGAUCUAUAAUCCUGUUAUACAAAAUUUUGAAGAAAAGAUAAAACUAUUUUGAGGUACCUAUGGUUACUUCAGUGUGAAUGUUUUUAGUACAAAAUGGAUAGUUUCAGUCUUGUUCUUAUAUCAUCUUGAGGGGAGAGAACUGAGUAUAUCUACUCAUGAUUUACCAAAUAUGUCAUUUAUGAUAUGGUUACUGAAGGUGUGGUAAUUACACAAUUAAUAGAAUAGAUACAAAUAUUUUCCAAUUAAUCUGGAAAUUCUUUGUAGUGUAUAUAACUGAUUUGAUCUCAAAAUCUGGCAUCACAGAUACCAGUGUGUGGAAAAUAGUGUAGUAACUCUAAAAAUUCAGAAAAAGAUGAGACCAGCCUAGUUUUGUAUCUAUAAAGACUGUACCCUAUAACCUAGUCAGUUUUGCAAUGAAAGUGAAAAAUUGGCAAAAUAUUGUUGCUCUGUUGCUUCCAGUUUGUAUUCCAAGGUAAAGUAUUUGAUUUAAAAGUUUAGUUGUAAACAUACCUUUUUCAUUCCAUAUAGAUGUUUAAAAUAUAAUUCCUACAAACAAUUUUAGGUACAUAGUAUUUCUGGCAUUAUUUCAGUUGUGCCUUAUCAGUGCUUGUAGCAAAGAUAUACGUUAACUUCUUAUAUGCUUUAGUAUUUCUUUAUAUUUUCUGCAUUAUUUUAUACUUGACAGGUCACAUGUGUAAAUACAGAUUUAAUUUUUUUUUUGCUUAUCCAAAACAAUCUUUAGGUUGUAUAAGUGUAUGAUCUAUUGCCUAUUAACAGUCUAUCUGAAAUGUAUGAACCAAGAUUCAGUAACCAACCCUGAUGCAGUAUUCAUCAUCGAUGUAAUUACUCAAUUACUGUGACCAUGGGUAAAAUAAACUGUUCAGUGGUAUUAUGAAUGAAAGCUUGUGUAUAUAGUAUGACAUGCAAUAUUGCAAUCUGAUCUUGUUAAAUGUAUCAUACUUGCUUCUGUCAUUGGUUUUGCAACCAGAGACAAUCCUCUAUGGAAUAUGAUUGAAAGAGAAAUAUUUAUGCUCUACUGUAUUUUGUACAUAUUGUUAUGAUGUUUUUCUUUUUUAAUGAAUAUUUGAAUGCUGUAUUUUGUACCCAACUAAACACAAGUGAUUUGCAUCUUCCAAUUUUAUCAAAAGUUCCUUUUAUCAAUACAAAUGAAACAAGGUAGGCAAUUGAUAAUGCUCUAUCACUUCCAUCAACAGCUAAGGUUAAACAAUUAUAGAUUUUCUCUACAUUUGAAAUAGUGUACUUGAUAAGAACCUUUGAUUAGAAGAGCUGGGCUUGUAACUGUGGAGUUAGUAUCAGUCAGAAAAAAAAGUAGAUGAAAGAUAGAUAUAUUAAUCUAUUAUUUUAUAUACGCAAAAAUACUUCGUGCUUGUAGUUCCGUCCAAAGUUAAAGUAUUUACGAAAAAUAUUAUUUUAUAUUGUAAUAUAAAUGUUAAAUACACAUGACAUCACAUAACCAAGCAGUCUUCUAUAUUGCAUAGGAAUUCUUUUGAAUGGGAAACAUACCAGUAAAUAUGCAUUUCAAAUUGCUCAUUAGAUUUUUUUUUAGAAUUAUUCUUGUACAAACACUGAAUUUUUAUACUGUAAUGGGUCAGUGGCCAGGGUGUGGGUUUGUCAGCAAAUGUUCAUUAUAAUUCAAUCAUCAUCAUUAGCUUAGCUGCUGUUGUGUAGUCUCUAGGACACAUUUCUCUGCUGACAGCCCAUUCCUCAGCUGCUGCCCAGUGUGUAUGUAAUGUCCAGAUAUUCCUGCCAAAUUACACAGCCCGUCACAACAUAUGCAUAUGUAAUGAACCAGUGGCACUUUGGCACCUUCAGCAGUCAUUACAGACUCUGAAAUCACACUGGCAUCCUUGUGCCUUCCAAAAAGCACCCGUGCCUUGUCCCAAUCCCACAGUAUGUGGAGGGACUCUUAGAGUUACUGCGCCUUCUAGUAGCGGUUUUCUUUUCCUUCUUUUUUUUGUGCAGCUUUAAUGAUAUUCACAUUUUUAUGUGAAUAUAUAGGAAAAGUGGUUGCAAUGUGUAUUUCUGAGUUCAGUUUUACUCCUUCUUUUGGCAUUUCUUACAUUAUAUAACAAGCAAGUCUUUUUAUAAAGAAAUGAUUUUCAUAGAAGCAACGUAUUUAUAAUAAUUAUCAUAUAUAGAUUUUUACCAUACAUAUUAACUACCACUUGUUAGAACCUCUGAGUAUACCAAUGGAACUCAUUUCAGGUGUAUCACCUGUUUAGGGACUGAUGAAUUGUGAUAGAAUUAAAUGUCCUUCUAAUGAUAAACUUUGAUAUUUGAAUGUCUCACAUGAGUCAUUCAAAAGAUGAAACACUAGUUUUGGGGUUAUCCAUCUUGUGGGAUAGUAAACUUGUCUGUGGUGAUUUACAUGAUGAUGAAGUAAUAUAGGUUAUUUGAAUGUUUGUCACAAACACUGUAGAAUAGUUUUUAUACAUGUAAAUUUGUAAAAUAAAUUAUUUAAGAAUG